UCUUCACCUCGUUGCUAUGCGGGCUGAUUCAUUGCGUCAAAACCCCAGCUUUAGCGAAACACUCAACGUAAACAAAUACGCCGCAGCCCCCGAAGUACGAUAUAUCAUUCCCAAUUAUACGAAUGCGAUAAUGAGGAAUGGGCAUCAAAGGGAUAUAUGCUGAGAUUGGGACAGGUGAGCGGGUGGCUCUGUCCAGGCUCGCGGCAGAGACAUUUGAACGGACGGGACGACCUCUGCGAAUAGCUAUAGACAUUUCAAUAUGGAUGUUCCAGAUCCAAUCAGGGAGAGGCGGAACCAAUCCGGCAGUGCGAACCUUCUACUACCGUCUACUCCGCCUCCUUUCCAUCGCUAUACAGCCGCUUUUCGUUUUUGAUGGACCGCAUAGACCCCCGGUUAAGAGGAAUAUACGUAUAGCGCCGGGACUGAGUUCAUCGUUGCCGGAACAUCUAACAAAAGACCUCUUACGAUACUUCGGGAUAACAUACCAUACUGCACCUGGAGAAGCAGAGGCAGAAUGUGCUCUACUGCAAAAAGAAGGGAUCGUCGAUGCAGUUUUGAGCGAGGAUGUCGACACUCUUAUGUUCGGGUGUGGAUUGGUACUGCGUAAUUGGUCGAGUGAAAGUUUACGGGGUAGCAAGAGCCCAACUCAUGUGAACUUGUACGAGGCCCAGAAGAUCAGGUCUGGCAAAUCUGGCUUAUGCAGCGAGGAUAUGGUGCUCAUUGCAUUGAUGAGUGGUGGUGACUAUAUCCCUGAAGGUAUACCCGGCUGCGGAGUCAAGGUCGCGUGCGAAGCUGCCAAGGCCGGCUUUGGCACAGAGCUCUGCAAAAUAUCUCGUAAAGACACCGCUGGGUUGCGGCAAUGGAGAGAUAAUCUAGCUCACGAGCUGCGUACGAAUGAGAGCAAAUUCUUUCGUAUCAAACAUGCCUCUUUGGAAAUACCAGACAACUUUCCUGAUCCAAAGGUUCUCAAAUACUAUACCAGCCCUGUCGUGUCGAAUCGGGAGAGCCUCGAUAGACUCAAAGCAGGGCUAGUAUGGGAAGCUCCUAUCGACAUUUCCGGAUUACGAGCUUUUGUUGCAAGCGCAUUUGGCUGGGAAUUCAAAUCGCAGGCUAUUAAAUUCAUCCGGGGCCUUGCGCCUGCGAUAUUAGCUACGAAACUCGCUACACAAAGAUCUCCCGUCGCAUCACUUGAGCAGGCAUCUGGGCAGUCCACCGAGCAUGAUAACGUAUUAUCUCUUGUUAGGGGUCUUCAUGGAACCCGAACUCAUUUCUCAACCGAUGGUACUCCCGAGCUACGCGUUGCAUACGUUCCGAUUGAUAUCGUGGCCCUGGAUCUCAGUACUGAACACUCGGACACCGAAUACAUGGACCGCGACGAAUUUACCUCGGAUUUGGAGGACGAUAGCAAUAUACCUGCAACGCAAUCAAAUGCUUCAAAUGUCAAAGCACAAGUGGCGCAUGAUCCAACCCAACCAGAAAAAGUAUGGAUAUUGGAAAGCUACGUCAACCAUGGAGCUCCAUCAAAAGUUGAGGAGUGGAGAGAAUCGCAACAACGGCCCAAACCCGCACGUGCUUCCAAAACGGGCCCGAAAAAGGCAACGGGAAAGGUAGGCACGCAUGCUGGGGCGUUAGAUCGUUUCGUCAAGGUAUCAAAGCCCGAUAUCUAUCUAGGCAGAGGGGCUGGAGGAUCCAAAGAGAGUAACCUCGUCCCUUCAAGCUCGCAGGACAGCGGGAUAGUAGAUAGCGACACUAUCCCUCCCGUCUUUUUGGCUCCGAGCAUUCCUUUAUCUCCAACCCAGAGACCCCGACAGUCCAGCAAAACCUCAAGUCGCAGACAAUCUAAGCCUGCCAGGUCCGCGCGAAGCACAGAGUCGCCGGGGCCACUCAAGGAUGUGAAUCCUUGGACAUUAUCUAAACCCGCUUCAUCGCAGCAAGAAUACUCAGUCACACGUAAUUCUACCUUGGCAGCAGUUGCAGAUGCGAUUGAUCUUUCGGUCGACACGUCUCCUCUGGUUCCUAGGAAACACAGCCGGCCUGUGUCUUCCUCUUCUAUAUCAUCAAUGGAACGUAAAACCUCGGCACCCAAAGACACCGUCCAAGACGGCAAGCGGACGUCAGGUCGUAGUCCUAAUUCAGUUUACCAAACAUCCAUAAAGGCACGUUUAUCCAGGCCAUCUCCUGCACCCACCUUUUCAUUCGACGCGGGAUCCACGUCCGCAAGGCCAGUCACGCCAGAUUCUUCACGACGCUUCCUCGACUGUCCAGAGGGUGCAAAUGCAGCGAAAAAUUCACAAAAGGACAACCCAAUCAUCCUCCUCUCCUCAUCACCCACUCUCCCAUCUCCAUCAGAAUUCACCGCCCCUCGAGAACGUUCCGGCCUUGCGGUAGACGACACGGCAGAACCUAACUCAGACGUUAUUUCAAAUGUAUCCAGCCCAACUCGAACCCCGCGUGACUGUCGUUCUCCUCAGUCAAUUACUCCACCCGCUUCUCCUACUACUCUCAACGCACGUAUAUUAACACCGCCACCAAUCAUCAACAAAGCACUCAUUGAAAUCUCUUCAUCCCCGCCUAUGCCUGAAUUACCGCCCAGCGUCACUAGACGGAGACCGCGACGACCAAGAGCCAACAAACAGUAUUACUGUGAAAACGAAGACAAAGAUACAGAGACGCCAGCAAACCACGCAGAUGGACGCGCCGAUAAUCAUAAUUCCGGUUUCCAUCAAAGUCCAUCAGAAAUCCUCAAAGGUUUGGAGCAGGAGAUUUCCAUGCCUUCGUCCUCUAAGACCUCGACUCGAAAUCAGAAGCGCUCUGUCGCUGUGACGCUGCGCGAGAGUCUCGACGGCGCGUGGAAAGAAGUCGUCUCUUCAGAAUCCUCUUUAACUUUGUCUGGUAGUAGUCGUUCUCGUGGCGAGGCCACGACAAAGACUGAUAGCAAGAGUACUCGACCUAGUAGAAGGCCGACAAGACGCACAGUGCAGCAGCAGCGAGUUUGGGAAGGCGUGGAGGUUUUGGAUUUGACUGGUUCUUGAUAUCGAUUUCACGUCAUGAGAUGUUUUGAUGAUGACGACCCAGACUUUUGUUAGCUACUGGGUUUCUCUUUUUUUUUUGGCCGCUGGGUCUGUUCCUUUUGGAGCUUAUUGAAGGUUACGUGUUACGAGGUUGACUAGUUUGUAAUGUUUUAUAUAUACCCUCUUUCCUUAGUAUACAGUAUAAUUGCACCCUUGAUGAUGAUGUUACUCGACGCGUUAAAUUUUCAUAGGGUGGUCAAAGA